AUGGCGCGCGGCAUCGCGGGACAGGACGCGGCGUGCCCGAAUGGGGAGAGGGGGCAGCCGGGGGCAGCUUUCCCUGCCCUCCUGCCCACACCUGCCGGGCCCCCAGCAGCAAGCGGGGCUGCUGGGGUGCGGGCAGCGUCCCACCACCCUGCUACCUACUGCCUGGCCCGAGGGAAGGCCCACACCCACCCCCCCCGGCUUUAUUUUGGCUGCUUUCCCUGCCCAGCUGGACCUGCCCUAUGCCCCGUGUUCUGCUGCAGGGAGAAUGUGCUGAAGAACCUGGAUGACAAGGCUUUUGACAAACCCAUCUGCGAGGCCCUCUUAAACCAGAAGUUUUUCAAUGGAAUUGGGAAUUACCUCCGCGCUGAGAUCCUGUAUAGGUUGAAGAUCCCUCCCUUUGAAAAGGCUCGGACCGUGCUGGAGGCCCUGAAGGAUCAGGAGCAGGCGAGGAGGAAGAAGAAUCCUUCCCUGACGCUGAGCAAGAAGCUGAAGCUGAUGCGGGACAACCCAGAUCUCCUGGAGCUGUGCCACACUGUGCCCAUGGAGGUCAUCGCAACGGAGAAAAACCUCUUCGACCCAGACCACUCUGAUAACUAUGCUGCUUUCAAGAACUGGCUGCAGUGUUACUUAGUGCCUGGCAUGAACUCCCUGCGUGACCGCAACGGCAGGACCAUAUGGUUCCAGGGAGAGCCUGGCCCCAUGGCUCCCAAAGGGCAGACAUCCCGCAAGAAGCACACUCAGCUGAAGGCAGAUCCCAAGGCUCUGACCCCCGAGGUCACCACACGUGCCUCAAAACGGCACCCCAGGGCUGCAGCAAAAUCCCUGAAGUCAAAGACAGCCAAGGAGGAGGAAUUGGCUGAUGGGCCGAGGAAGGGACGUGCUCGUGGUAGAAGGAAAACGACCUCUGCUCCAGCCUUGUCUGAGCCUGAGGUGCCGGUCAAAGCCAAAAGAAGCCAUCAGAUGUCUACGCGCAGGAGCAGAGGUGCAGCCCCUGCUGUGUGAGUGCCACAGGCUGCCCUCCUCCCCAGGGGCAUUUUUACAGCCGCAGGAGGAGCUCAGGGAGGGCCUGGCCAGGGCCUGGGUUAGUGCUGGGGAGAAAUGGGGCUGCUCUGUACCUGUGCUCAUGCCCACUUGCUACCCCUGCAUCCUGCCAGCUGGGCUUGGUGAUGGGGCUGAUUUAUCCCACAUCCUCCUGCUGUCUCCAGGCAUUUGAGGGAGAUAAGGGCCACAGACCGCACACUGUGCUGGACUCAGACCUUUCCCGCUGCCUGAAAGUGGAUUCCCUCUUCCUUCCCUUCUUCCCUUUCUGGCUGCUGCCUGCAUCACUGUUUUUAGCUGACUAAUAAAGUAUUUUGUG